AUGCUGCUGACGCUGGCCUGGGGCGCCGUCUUCUUCCCCGGGCUCUUCGCGCUCUGCACCUGGGGCAUCCGCCGCGCGCGGCCCGAAUGGCCCGAGUACGACUGCGUGAUGAUCAGCACCAGGGUGGUUUCUUCGGCGCAGGCUGUGUUGGCCACCGGCUCGGGGAUCGCCAUCAUCCACUCCUGUAAGAACGUGGUCAGCGACAGGUACUGGCUUGCCCAAGAAUAUGUCUGGUUUUUGAUUCCAUAUAUGGUCUACGACAUCUACGCCAUGUACCUUUGUGACUGGUGCCGAAUCAAAGAACAGAACCGCAGACACUCCCUCACCAUUUUUCGAAACUUCCUACGUAAAAACCGCCUCAUGAUCACGCACCAUUUGGCCAUUCUUUUGGUCCUUGUGCCAAUUGCACAGAGGUUUAGGGGAGAGCUGGGGGACUUCUUCGUUGGCUGCAUCUUCACGGCAGAACUAAGCACUCCAUUUGUGUCACUGGGCAAAAUCCUGAUUCAGCUAAAGCAGCAGCACACCCUCCUGUACAAGGUGAACGGGAUCCUCACGCUGACCACCUUCUUUAUCUGCCGGAUCCUUCUUUUCCUCUUCAUGUAUUGGUCCUAUGCCCGGCAGAAGGAAAUGAGCCUGUUCCAGGUGCCAUUCAGGAUCCCCGUCUUCUGCAAUGUGGCCAAUGCCUUCCUCAUCGCUCCCCAGCUCUACUGGUUCUCUCUGCUGUGCAAGAAGGCAGCUGGGCUCUUUGACACUCCCCCCGCCGAAAAGGAUGGAUAA